AUGAGAGCCUUUGAACGCAUUUGCACGGUAGCCGUGCUGUUAAUUCUUUGCAUGCUGAUCACUGAGCGACACUCGUCUGUGAUCCAGUCGAAAUGGGACGAUAUCCGCAGUUUUUCUUUCUCAUUGCAGGCCGGAAAGCGCAGCGGUGUCGCGCAAAGUGAUACAGACAAGCAGGGUGCCAACUCGACCGCUCGACCAGUCAUUCGUUCGCCAGAUACCCGGACACAAGUCUUAUACCCGGACCCAACGCCGGCUUCGUCGCGUAAACGGCUCAAUGCGCAGCGCCUUGCGCCGUCGCGAGGAGACCAGAUAGGCAAAGGGGACCAAAUAGUUAUGGAUGAGGCGUCUGGGCUUCAGAUGAGAGACGGCGUCAUCGUCGUGGGGAGAUUGUCCAACGAAGACACAAGCUGGAUCUUGCGCGAUCUACCCGAAUGGCAAAACGCAAUCUACACCGUCGACGACCCCAGCGCACCUCUCUCGGUUUCUAAAAACAAAGGCAAAGAAGCCAACGCGUACCUCCAAUACAUCAUCGACAACUACCACAACCUCCCAGAAACAAUCAUCUUCCUCCACAGUCACCGCGACGGCUACCCGCAAGCAUGGCAUACCGAGUUCAGCCAGCACAGCAACGUCGAGACUGUCCAGAUGCUGCAGACAGACCACAUCCAGCGCAACGGCUACGCCAACCUACGCUGUAAUCCGAACCCGGGUUGUCCCGACGAGAUCCGGCCGUUCCUGCCGUCCUCCUCUUCUUCCGUUUUGCAGAACAGUGGGGCCAAGGACACAGACUUGGCGUUCGCGAGAGCCUGGGUCAGCUUCUUCAAUAGUACGGAUGUUCCGGACGUGGUGGCCACGCCGUGCUGUGCGCAGUUUGCGGUGUCAAGGAAGCAGGUGCUAAAGAGACCCCUCAGCGCCUACACACAGUAUCAUCGCUGGUUGAUGCAGACGGAGCUGGAGGAUGAUGUUAGUGGGAGGGUGAUGGAGUAUAUGUGGCAUAUUAUAUUCGGGCAGGACCCGGUUUAUUGUCCCGAUAUAAGCGAUUGCUAUUUUGACGUGUACGGCAUCUGA